CCUAGUUCUGAUGGAUUCACAGCUGCUGAAAAUAUUUAAUUUCGGAACUUAGCACUUCACACUAUUGGAUUCAGCAUAUGAAUAUAAUUUAUUUGUACACAACAUAAAUGCUACUAUGGGCAACCCCAAUGUCGUCACGUUAUGUUGGCAACAAUCAUCAUGGAAGAAUUAGAUCAUCAUUAAGAGAAUGAUUGUUUCUCUAGCCGAACUUUCAAUUUACUAUAAGCACGCAUGGGACAGGCGGAAUAAAAGGUCCUAUUUAGCGGAUGUCAUUUUGGCGGCCCAUAUAUCAGAACAUUCCGCGAUUUAUUUCCUUUUCAGCAGCGAUGUUAACAAAGUACACCCGGUAAUUAUUCAGUUGAUUUUUAGUUCGCAGAAUUAUUUUCAUCCAAAACAUGUUAAUGCCGUUAUUUCACCGUUUAUUGCGUCUUUAUUUAUUUAAGUUUGUUCGACUUCAAAGUAGAACUAUGGUGUUAGCUCUUAAACGACGGAAUUACCCUUCAAGAUGGCAGCCACCAUAUGCUCAAGAUGUUCGAUCGCUGGAGUAUUACUCUCCGAUUUGACAAAAACUAUACAUAUGUAUUGUUAUGAAUCUAGCGAGCUAGUGGUUUUUCUUGCUGAAAUAACGCUUAUUGGUCAUUUCUUCAGGAUUAUACCUGCAUAUUCAAAAACGGUGAAUAAGAAUACAAAGGGACUUCCUCGGAAAGAUCUGUGCUACAUAACAAUUGGUUUUCCGGACAUUAUUUGCGUUCGUGUUUAAUUUUUCGACUGAAAAAUUCGUUAGUACUUCGUUCUAUCCAGUGAGUUCUGCAAUCAGACAUUGAGAUUAAAUACGAUCCUCUCGCAGUUGAAAAGCCACUACUUCCUCUUUUAGUGAAUUUUUUUAUAAUCGUCACCCAAAUGGCUACGUUACGAGUGCUGGAAUUGUACAGUGGAAUUGGUGGAAUACACUUUGCGCUCGCAAAGGCGUUUUCCACCAAUGGCCCUCUCGCAGAUUAUAUUAAUUUCGAGGUCGUCACUGCUGUGGACAUUAAUACGGUGGCUAAUGCUGUUUACCAGGAGAAUUUCAAAACGAAAGUUCUCAAUCGUCAAAUACAGUCACUUUCAGCAAAGGAACUGUCUGGCAGCCUUUCGAGUUGCCUCCUGACAAUGAGUCCUCCAUGUCAACCUUUCAGUCGGCAAGGAAAACAGCUAGGGGGGGACGAUCCUCGAACAUCUUCGUUCCUUCACCUUUUGGAUAUUUUCCCACAGCUUAGUGAACACAAACCCAAAUUUGUUUUUCUGGAGAACGUAAAAGGUUUUGAAGGCAGUCCUGUAUGCGACGCAUUUUUGAACUGUCUCGAACGAUGUGGCUUUGUUUACCUGCAGUGCCUCUUAUCACCGAACCAAUUCAACGUACCUAAUUCACGUUUGAGAUAUUACUGUAUGGCAAUUGAUAAGUCUCGAUGCAAUAAUCCACUAUUCGGCACGGAACGCAGCAGAAUUAUCGAAGAUUCGUCGGUUUUAGGCUUAGGUGAAGAUCUCACAGUGACUAUCGCUGACUAUCUGGACGAAGUUGCUCAGGAAAGUGAGCAACUGGUACUCGACGUAGCUACGCUCGCCAAGAACGCCAUGGUGCUAGACAUCGUUGAUAAGUCUGCUCACACCUCGUGUUGCUUCACGAAAAAUUAUGGUCGCUACAUGAAAGGUACCGGUUCGGUGUUGGCAAACUGUACCCGGGAUGAAAUUGAGGCGGCCUAUUCUGCUCCAGAUCAUCAGAGAACCGCUCGCAUUCAUGCAUUGGGUCUCCGGCUGUUCAGCCCGCGAGAGGUGGCAUCUCUAAUGUGUUUUCCGCCUUCGUUCCGUUUCCCACCUGGAACAAGCCUCAAAGAAUCGUACCAGCUCCUUGGAAACAGUGUCAAUGUGCACGUAAUAUCUGUGCUAUUAAGCUUUAUGCUAGGCUCUGUAAAAAUUUCAAGUUCUAAUCGAAAAUAAUUGCCGAACCUGUCUGUGAUAGAAUGCAGUGUCUGCAUUUUGGCCUAUGUGUUUUGCCUUCUGUGGCUUCUAGUUUACCAACUUGAGUGCUAUACUCAGUCGGUUAAAACUGUGGACAAUAUAUCCGUCAGGUGAUAAUAUAAAAUUCUCGAUGUAAAUAGAUUCAUUCAACUUGUCAGCUAUAAUAGAUACCUUCCAUAACUUCAGCGGAUAGCCCUCGUAAUGAAUUGACGGAAGUACCCCAGUUCUAGGGUAUGAGACAAAAAUACAUUCAUCUCGAUCUCUACAUCGCGCUGUAUUUAGUUGUAUAAAUGUUAGGGCUUUUCAAUGGGAAAUAACAAAAAUAGUCAAAUGAAACGAAAAAAGUGAAAAAGCAGACUACUACGUUUAGAAUUGGCAGAUAGCAUGGCUAAGGCGGUAAGACAUUCUGUCGGAUUUGACGAAAGCACACCAUAUCGGUCCUGUUCUAAUCUAAUCGGGACUGUACGAUCGCCAUUUCCAAACUGGCAUUCGGUGCCUUCCCUUUCCAAAAAAGUAGCAUUAUCGUAGAGGUUCUAUUCGUAAGGUUGGCCAAAAAGACAAUUGACCGUUUCAUUGUCGAUGAUUUUUUCUGACUAUAAAGUAAAACCAUUAUACAGCGUACUAAAGAGUAAAUAACAGGUUUUCGAAUGUCACUUAAAAUACGUUUAAAACACCUGUAAAGGUCAGAAGCAUCAUUUGACUCUUACUAGGUCAAAUUGCGCUUUACCAAGGAGCGGCAUCCAUCAGAGUAUUUAAUUUUAUUAGCCAACUAAUGUAAUUAAUCUAAUAUUUCUAGUACUAUAUAUGUAUAUGAAUUAAUUCGUGUCGGAUAUUAUGCAUACUACCUGUGUUAAUUAUCUUCCAAUAGAAACGCAACACUUACAGGGUAUCCAAAAAACUGAAUCAUUUCGAGACUGACUUUGGAGAUAAAGAGAAAUCCUUAGAUUAAUCCUUGUCUGUUGCUAAUUAAAUUAUAUACUGCUUAU